UUAAAAAACACAUAGUCACAUACAUUUCUCUAUAUCACCUUCUGCUCUGCUUUUGAGCACAGCUUGCCUCAGCCAUGGAACCAAACACCAUGGCUAGCUUCGACGAUGAGCAUCGUCAUUCCUCCUUCUCAGCUAAGAUCUGCAGAGUCUGUGGCGAUGAGGUCAAAGACGACGACAAUGGCCAGAAUUUUGUGGCAUGUCACGUGUGUGCUUACCCGGUUUGCAAACCUUGUUAUGAAUAUGAGCGUAGCAACGGUAACAAAUGUUGCCCUCAGUGCAACACUCUUUGCAAACGCCACAAAGGCUCUCCUAAAAUAGAUGGAGAUGAAGAAGGAAACAAUGGUCUUGAUGGUUCAGAUGAUGAGUUGAAUAUCAAGAACCGCCAGGAUGCUUCCUCCAUUCACCAGAAUUUUGCUUAUGGAUCGGAAAAUGGAGACUACAAUAGCAAGCAGCAAUGGCGUCCAAAUGGUCGAGCCUUUUCUUCCACUGGAAGUGUGUUGGGGAAAGACUUUGAAGCAGAGAGAGAUGGCUACACAGAUGCUGAGUGGAAAGAGCGAGUAGAUAAAUGGAAAGCGAGGCAAGAGAAGAGAGGUUUAGUGGUAAAGGGAGAUCAAACAAAUGAUCAAGACAAAGAAGAUGAUGAAGAAGACGAAUACUUAGAUGCUGAAGCAAGACAACCUCUCUGGAGAAAAGUCCCAAUCUCGUCUAGCAAAAUCAGUCCAUACCGAAUCGUGAUCGUUCUUCGUCUUGUUAUCUUAGUUUUCUUCUUCCGUUUCCGUAUCUUGACACCAGCCAAAGACGCAUACCCUCUCUGGCUUAUCUCAGUCAUCUGUGAGAUCUGGUUCGCACUCUCUUGGAUCCUCGAUCAGUUCCCGAAAUGGUUUCCGAUUAACCGAGAGACAUACCUUGACCGUCUCUCAAUGAGAUUUGAACGGGAUGGUGAAAAGAACAAGCUUGCACCAGUUGAUGUGUUUGUCAGUACGGUGGAUCCACUUAAGGAACCUCCGAUAAUCACAGCCAACACUAUUCUCUCGAUCUUAGCUGUUGAUUACCCAGUUAAUAAGGUGAGCUGCUAUGUGUCUGAUGACGGUGCAUCGAUGCUCCUGUUCGAUACAUUGUCUGAAACUUCAGAGUUUGCAAGGAGAUGGGUUCCGUUUUGCAAGAAGUACAAUGUCGAGCCAAGAGCUCCAGAGUUUUACUUCUCAGAGAAGAUUGAUUACUUGAAGGAUAAAGUCCAAACUACAUUCGUCAAAGAUCGCAGAGCAAUGAAGAGGGAAUAUGAAGAAUUCAAAGUGAGGAUCAAUGCUUUAGUAGCUAAAGCUCAGAAGAAGCCUGAAGAAGGUUGGGUGAUGCAAGAUGGUACACCAUGGCCUGGGAACAACACUCGUGAUCAUCCUGGGAUGAUUCAGGUGUAUCUAGGAAAAGAAGGAGCAUUCGACAUCGACGGUAACGAACUGCCACGUCUUGUGUAUGUAUCGAGAGAGAAGCGUCCUGGCUAUGCACACCACAAGAAAGCUGGAGCCAUGAAUGCAAUGGUGCGAGUCUCAGCAGUGCUAACAAAUGCUCCAUUCAUGCUCAAUCUAGAUUGUGAUCACUACAUCAACAACAGUAAAGCCAUAAGAGAAUCAAUGUGCUUCCUAAUGGAUCCACAGCUUGGUAAAAAGCUUUGUUAUGUUCAAUUCCCUCAAAGAUUCGAUGGAAUCGAUCACAACGAUCGAUACGCCAACAGAAACAUCGUCUUCUUCGAUAUAAACAUGAGAGGCUUAGAUGGGAUCCAAGGACCAGUCUAUGUAGGAACAGGAUGUGUAUUCAACAGACCAGCACUAUACGGAUACGAACCUCCGGUAUCGGAAAAACGCAAGAAGAUGACUUGCGACUGUUGGCCGUCGUGGCUAUGCUGUUGCUGCGGCGGAGGUAACCGUCACCAUCACAAAUCGAAAUCAUCAGAUCCGUCAAAGAAGAAAUCAGGAAUCAAGAGCUUGUUAUCUAAACUAAGGAAGAAGAGCAAGAAGAAGAGUGAUGACACUACGAUGAUGAGCAGCAGCUAUACGAGGAAGCGAUCUACGGAGGCGAUUUUUGAUUUGGAAGACAUUGAAGAAGGGCUUGAAGGAUACGAUGAGCUUGAGAAAUCUUCGUUGAUGUCGCAGAAGAACUUUGAGAAGAGGUUUGGGAUGUCACCUGUGUUUAUUACAUCGACGUUGAUGGAGAAGGGAGGUUUGCCGGAGGCGACGAACACGAGCUCGUUGAUCAAAGAAGCCAUUCAUGUUAUUAGCUGUGGCUACGAAGAGAAGACUGAAUGGGGCAAAGAGAUUGGAUGGAUUUAUGGAUCAGUGACAGAAGAUAUUCUAACAGGAUUCAGAAUGCAUUGUAGAGGUUGGAAAUCAGUUUACUGUAUGCCUAAAAGACCAGCUUUUAAAGGAUCAGCUCCUAUCAAUCUGUCUGAUCGGUUGCACCAAGUGCUUAGAUGGGCACUCGGUUCGGUUGAAAUCUUCUUUAGCCGUCAUUGUCCUUUGUGGUAUGCUUGGGGAGGCAAGCUUAAAAUUCUUGAACGUCUUGCUUACAUCAACACCAUUGUCUAUCCUUUCACUUCUAUUCCCCUACUUGCAUAUUGUACUAUCCCGGCCGUUUGUCUUCUCACCGGCAAAUUCAUCAUUCCAACGAUAAACAAUUUCGCAAGCAUAUGGUUCCUUGCUCUAUUCUUAUCAAUCAUCGCGACGGCGAUCUUAGAACUUCGUUGGAGCGGCGUGAGCAUCAACGACCUCUGGCGUAACGAGCAAUUUUGGGUCAUCGGUGGUGUCUCAGCUCAUCUCUUCGCCGUCUUUCAAGGUCUUCUCAAAGUCCUCUUCGGUGUUGACACUAACUUCACUGUCACGUCAAAAGGAGCCAGUGACGAAGCUGAUGAGUUUGGAGAUCUUUACCUCUUCAAAUGGACCACUCUUCUCAUCCCUCCGACCACACUCAUCAUCCUCAACAUGGUCGGUGUUGUAGCCGGAGUCUCUGACGCUAUUAACAAUGGAUAUGGUUCUUGGGGACCGCUGUUUGGGAAACUGUUUUUCGCGUUUUGGGUCAUUGUUCAUCUCUACCCUUUCCUCAAAGGUUUGAUGGGUCGACAAAACAGAACCCCGACGAUCGUUGUGCUUUGGUCUAUCCUUCUCGCGUCUAUCUUCUCGUUGGUUUGGGUAAGGAUUGAUCCGUUCUUGCCGAAACAGACUGGUCCGUUACUGAAACAGUGUGGCGUCGACUGUUGA